AUGGAACGUAUUAUUAUCGCACCAAAUGCCCUGCUUUGGCAAAAGCUGGCAGUGAAAGUGCAUAGAGAUAUUACUGCGGACGAGCUUCAGACAGCCCUGCGAAAUGGCGCUACCUUUAUACACAUCCAGUGCGGUUUAAACACAUUCCAGGAAACCAUGGUUCUGAUAGAUCGUUGUAACGAAAUCAUCAAACGGAAUGCCGAAGAAUGCCGGCCGUGGACAGUGCCCACUGAUAUUAUUUGUGAGCUGAGCGGUCCUUAUCCACGUGUGCAGUUUUUCUCCAGCGGAAUUUCACAAGUCCAACUUGUCGAAAACCAACGAAUAACGCUCACGUCCGACAUAAGAUAUGAACAUCAGUGUUUUGAUGAGGUUAAGUAUGUAACGAAUUUCGACCAUUUACAUCGAUCCAGUGUUGGAAAUGUCUUAUCGAUUGAUACAGUGAAACUCACGGUGGAAAGAAUUGUCCCCGGGUUUGUUACGUGCACAGUAACGCAAGCCGGAUCUAUUGGCCGUUUCAGCGUUAUCACAGCGGGCUGUGAGGGUAUCACAAAAGACGAGCAAUUGGGAUUGGACAUGUCAUCGACACUGGAGGAACUGGAACGUGUUGUAAACAAAGGAUGUAAAUUUAUAAUCGUGCCAAAAGUAGAUACUAAAUCAUUGCAGACAUUCUUCGAAUCAAUUCAGUGUAAAAAAGAAAUUACUCGAAGCAUUCAAAUGAUAGUGCACAUAGAUUUUUCUCCUUCGUUCAGCGCGGAUAAUGAUAUGGACCAGCGCAUUGAUGCCUUCGUAACGAAAACUGUCGAUGAAUUGAAACAAAGGCAGUCCUUGGGUAAAGCGUUUUUGUACGAUUUGGAUACCGAAGGAAUGGUACCGGAAAGAGUUGAAGAGGCUGAUGUGAUCAUAACAAGUGUUAAUGAUCUCAUAAAAGUACAAACCCACUUGAAACACGUUAAUCAAAUUCAGCUUGCAAUGCACCAGCAACCAAACAGAACGUUAGCCUCAGACGAAAAAGCAUUGGUUACGUGUUUACGUUUCUCCGCUAUUGAAGCGAAUGCCAGCGCAAUCAUUUUGCCUUUGGAGAACGAUGGCCUAAAACUAGCAAUAGAUAUCUCUUUGACCGACCCGCUUUGCAUCGUUUUACUUCUCAAACCAUCCGCUGAAGAAGUUCAACGUAUUUUGCUACGAAAAUAUCUGGUGCCUGUUAUCGUACCAGCGGUACCAAAUGUCUCACAACAAAAGCUCAUUCGACAUGCGAUUGCUUACGGAAGGCGCUUCGGGUAUCUGCACGGUGGAAAUUGUAUUGUAUCAGGAUGCACAGUCAAUUCUGACACAGAUGUACUCGGAUUGGAAAUGCGUUAUGUACCGCUGGUGGCUCAUCGACCGGAACCAUAA